GGCUGUCUUUCACCAGCCCAGUGUGCAUCUCUCUGGUAAUGUAAAUAACAGCACUGUAUAUAAAACUAGAUGCAACUUAAAGUUAAAAGUUAUAAACAUUACUAAAGUUGUAAAAAGCGUCUGUACAAUUCCUGCAAACUCUUAAGUUAUAUGAGAAAAAUUUUAAAUCACAGCAAAAGUCUGAAUAGCAUUUAAGAACCUGACUUUUAGUACUAGAAAAAUACAAGAAUGUUAUUCUGCAUUGAUCUCUUUCCACUCAUUCUCAAGUGCUGUGACAUGGGAAACCAUGGACCAUUAUCUAAUUUGCUGAGAGAAAAGACUACUUUCUCUUUCUGGAGGCUGUAACUUAUCUUCCGUGCAAAAAACUUGGUUAAUUGGCAAUUAGCAAAUGAGGUCUGGGACAGCAGAGGUAGCUAGAAGCAGUGUAAAAGUGUCUUCUUGAGCGAUUUUUCAUUUCCAAACUAUACUCAAAGAAAAACAGAAAUUUACAUAUUAACAAAGAUAUGGAUACCCUCCUAGAGAAUUAUCAACAAAAGCAUGAGACACCUCAUUGCUUAGACAGUUGCUCACUGUCUUUGUCAUCUCUUAAUAUAAAAGAAUUACCUAAUGUAUUGUUAGGUUUCUCAUGUCUUACGCAUCUCAAUUUAGAUCACAAUGAGCUUCAAAAUCUUCCUUCAGAACUAUGUGAUUGUAUUGUAAACCUCUGCCAGUUGUCCAUCAAUGGUAAUGAGCUCACAUCUCUUCCACAUAACAUUGGAAAAUUAAAAAAUCUAGUGGUUCUCUUAGCAAGGGAAAAUUGUCUUCAAGAUCUACCUGCCAGUAUUUGCCAACUAGUUAAUUUGGAGAGACUUCAUUUGACUGGUAAUCACAUUACUUGCUUACCUGAGGAUAUCAAGUAUCUUGAAAGCCUCAGAGAACUUGUGUUGGAUGAAAAUUAUCUCCAGUCUCUCCCAGAAUGCACUGGCUGUUUAACAAACUUGGAAAUUCUAGAAGCCAGCAAUAAUGCUAUUUCUAAGUUACCCAAAUCAUUUGGUUCAUUGUCAAAACUUCAGAAUCUCAACUUAUGCGAUAACCAUCUUAAAAAACUUCCAGAAUCAUUUAGUUGUCUUUCAAAUCUCCGAAACUUGGACAUAUCAAAUAAUCAUUUGAGAAUGUUACCUGAGAUGUUUUCUUCAGCCAUGCUAUUGGUGAAGCUGUAUUUGGACAACAACCAAUUAUGCAGCCUCCCCAGUUGGUUUUCCUGCAUGAAUAACGUGGAAGAAUUGUCUGUUAAAGUCAACAAUAUCAAAGAAUAUCCUUUCUCAGAGAUUUUUGGUUUCAAGUGUUCCAGAUUAAAACAUUUUGAUUUCAGUGGCAAUUACAUUGAAGCUCUUCCUAGUACCUUUGGGUAUCUCAGUAAUAUAAACUUUAUAGAUUUAGGAAGUCCACUGUAUGAGCAAGAACGAAGACGAAACUUGAAGAAUGGUAACUUCCUAAAAUCCCUUCCCCCAAGUUUUGGAAAUCUUCAUCAAUUGACAGAAUUACAUCUGGAUGAGAAUCAGCUUGAGUGCCUGCCUGUAAACUUUGGAGAUCUGAAAUGCCUGAGACUGUUGGACAUGAGUCAUAAUGAAUUGACUCAUCUUCCAGAAAGUUUUUGUUUGCUGGAAUCUCUGCAAGUUUGUAUGAUGUCCAUCAAUCAUCUGAUAUGUUUACCCAUGGACUUUGGACUACUCCAGCAGUUAGAAGACUUGCGCCUAGAUAACAAUCAGCUUAAAGAGCUACCAGAAUCCUUUGAGAAACUACAGAAUCUGAUCACACUUGAUCUUUACAACAACAAGCUGACCGUGGUUCCUCCAUUUCUAAAAUACUUGACUAAACUAACCAGAUUGGAUUUGGAAGAGAACUGUUUUGGGCUCCCUAUGAAUGAAAUACCUCACAUAUCCUUUAAAGCAAAUUAUGCCCCAAGAGACCCAGCUCUUAAAGACAACUGGCGUGGAAGGAUACGGGCAGAUGUAAUCAACAUUGAACCUGUUGAAUAUAAAGAAGAAAGAAUCGGUGGAGAUGUUCAUGGUCGCUUAAAACAUCCACAACCAGCUCUGGCUGCAAGAGAGUCUUUGUGGCACAAGCAUAAUGAGUGGACAUCAAGACAAAAAUCAACCCCUCAAAAUAUGAACACUAGAAGGUUAGCACUGGAAGAAUGCAAUGGUGGAGAUGUAGAAAAUUAUGACACUUUUAUGGUUAGUUGUAGCAGUGUGGUAGAAAGAAGUGGAAAGAAGGAUAUGGAAGGUAAUGACUCCCCAGAAGAAGAAGAUUGGGAGAGUGAGAUUAUGAGUGACAAUUUAUAUGAGACUCGUCCCAUGUACAGACAUCCAACUCUUGACCCCCUCAUUUUCAAAUUUCCUGCACCUGAAGGGUCAUUUGUUCCUUCAGAUAUCCACCCUGAGCCAAUUGAACAUUUUUGUCACUUUCUAGGAGUAACUGAAGGCCAGUUUGAAGAUGCAGAAGAACCAUGACAUCAGUUUCAUACAUCCAGAUAAAUAAUAAUUUGGAAUAAUUAAUUCAUUAUUUAAUCAGUUGUUAAUUAUGAAGUACUGAUUUGAAAGUCCUUAACUAAGAAAUCAGUUCUCAUAAGUCAUAAUAUAAAAUGAACUUCGUAAAAUUCCCUAUGUCUUUAGUAUAUUUUUAAAAGUAAAUCUCAUAUGUGGAUGUUUAUGGUGUCAUUGCAUUAACAUCUGAUACUCAUGAAAUCCAAAUCUAGUUAUUACUUUGGUAAACUUUUUUCAGAUUUAUCCUGAUCAUUAAAGUCUCUACAUAAUGUAUGUGUUCAUACUUGUUAAGAAGUUGUUAACCUUUAAUGUAGGCAAGUGUAAGUUUUUUAAUUUUUCUGUCAUUAUGGCUAUCUUGGUGACAUAUUCACUCAUUAUUCUUUCAGAAAUAAUGUGAAAUGUGUUAUGGGACAAAAUCAUUUUAGAUGUAUAUGUACCAGUUGUUAGCUAAAACUUGUUGGAUUAAAAUAUCACAGAAAAUGAGAGUUCAGUGCUCCUUUUUUUGUUACCUUCAUUAUGGUGAUUUUUCACCUCUGUCCUAACACCUUACAAAAUUCAGCUGAUUGGGAAAGGAACAGAAAGAAUUAAGUGAAGAACAUUUUACAAACAAAACUUGUACACAUGUUUCAUUCAAACAGUAAAGAAAUUGAACUAGUUAAUAAUUAAAUGAACUCAUUAACAAUACUUUUGUAAUGAUUUUUACAUUUGGUCCACUUCUCUUGGAUUAUUUUGUAAAAAGAUUAAAGUCUAAGUAGCAGAAGCACUUUAUUUCUUUAAGUUCCAUGUUUAACGUAACAUUUCUUUCUCUCCUAGAUAGUAUUUAGUCCUGAUGCUUUCUUUCUUACAGGAUUCAUUGCAGCAGAACCAAACACAAUGCUUGCAAAUAGGUAUGUCGUCUACUAAAGAACUGAACUAAGAUAGCAUGUUUAAAUGAAGAAUUGUAAACUCAAUUUCUUUGUCCAGUGGCUGGUGUUAUCUUGUGACCCCUGUUCCAUGACAGUAUUGGUCAGUUGUUACUUUCAGUCAACAGGAUAAUCUUCCAGCAAAAGUAAUUCUAUUGCAAAUGUGUUAAAUCUGGAUGCUUUGUCCAGUGGUGAAAUACCCUUACAGGCAGAAAAGACAUCACCUACUAAAGAUGACUAAGAAAUGUAGUAACUAGAACAAGGUAAUGCUAAAAAAUUUCUGGACUGUGUGUUGCUAUCAUUAUAAAAAAAAUGUCACUAUAAAAAUUUGUUAAAUGUAAGUACAGAACAAAUACAGAAGGUUGAAUAAACUAUAUGAAAACGAUUUAAGUCAACAAGAUCAAAUACAAAGUUGCAGUGGAAUAUUGUGCUAUAUUGAGAAUGUUUAAUGGUUCUUUGAUAGGGUAUGUAGCAGUCCUUUCCAACUUAAAAUAUUCAUACAAUCAGGUCAUAAGAAUGUGUUCAGAUCAGAGGUUUAGAAUUUCCAAGAUGGGAAUAUCCCUUGUACUUAUUGACAUGGUACACCAAAAGAAUGUGGGUCAAGGUGUACCCUAGCCAUGAUAAGCAAAGUGGGAUGAUUUGUAACCGCAGAAAAUCUGUGAACACAAAGAUUAGAGACAAAAACCGUCUACAGUACACAACAUAAUCAAGAAAAAUUUCCACUUGGAAAAGUGACACAAGUCGUGUGCGCUAAUUGCUUCGAAAACAUAUCUGUUCAUCUAUCACAUACCUCAAGCAGUUGGAGAAUGAAACACAUAUUCAUGCAAUUCCAUAUGAAGACAUGCCUGUGAGAUCACUGAAUGUAGUACCAAUAGAUUUCUGUGUGAUCAAACCAUUGAAAUAGAUGCUGGUAAUCCCUCAUCUUUGUACAUCAGAUGGAUUAUGGAAAGGAAGAAUGGUGUGGUUUAGACAUAACAAUCUUAAAAUGGAGUCUUUUGCUAUAAAAACUAUGCUGUUGGGCUAUUUUGUAAAGAUGCAUGAUCGUCAAAUAGAAAAUGGUCAUAGUGAAAUGUACUGUAAUGACAUGGGUCAGGAAUGGGGUAGAGACGAUGACGUUAUAGUUCCACAAAGUAUCACCAGAGGGCGAGUUGCUAGGCUGCAUAAAAGGUGGACAAGACAUCCCAGACAAUGACGUCCAUGAAGUGGAUCAACGUGUCUCAACAUGUAAUCAAUGGCUAGAUUUAAUACAGUCAGUAUAUAAUGCUAAUGAAUUCAAGAUUUAAUCACACUUUUACAUGUUCUGACCUUUUAUAUGUAAAUAACUUAUUGUCCUGAAAAGGACGCUUAUUUAACAUGAAAACUUACUGUUUCAAAACGAUAAAGGACAAGAAAAUAUACAACUGAUUUUGAUCUAACAUACUGAUUAUAGUUUUAGUUUCUAUACUUAAGCAUACUUUUUACAAUUAUUGCCCUGAAAAGGAUUCAAAACCUCUUAUAUCAAUGAGACAACUAUUAUAACAUACAUACUAUCGAUUAUUUGAAUGAGGCAGUUAUUAUAAGCAAUAAUUUACUUUUCUCAUCCUAAAAAGUACACUUAUUUUGCUACAAAUAAAUAUAAUGAAUGAACGACUUGCUGUUUAACUUUACUAUUAUUUAAAAUAGCAACAUUCACUAGAAGUUCUUUACAUAAAACUUUGAGACUGUCUGGCUGCUGUCUUAGGAAAUACAAAGGUCUUCAUGUGGUCACUCAUACAAAUGGGGUGGGCACUGGCGCAUAACAGCUGAAAGCAAGUUGACCUUGUGUUUAGCUAAACUAAGUAAUGCUUUCAUUUCUACAAACUAGAAAUUAUAU